AGUCUCCGCCCCGCCCCCGGUCACAUGACGUCACCUCCGUUGCCUCCUCCCAGUGCCCGGGAUCAGCGUCUUCCGUGGUGCGGACGGGAUUCUGAGGUCCGGAGGAAGCUCCCCUCCCCCUCUCACAAUGUCUGGGUUCAGCCCGGAGCUCAUCGAUUACCUGGAGGGGAAGAUCUCUUUCGAGGAAUUCGAGAAACGCAGAGAAGUGCGACAAGCCAAUGAGAGGAAGGGUCCGGGCGAGUCGAACGAGGGGGGCGAAGCAGACCGAGCCGAAGGUCCUGACACUGAGGAUCCCGGGGUGCCGUCCACAUCCCAGCAACUGCGCCCAGAGAACACGCCGCGCCCGGAGGAUACCGAAGAAACCUCAGAUGGCGUCAGCAAGUCCGUUCAGCGCGCGUUUGCGUCCAUGCUGGGAGAAGAUGACGGGGGGGAGGAGGAGGAUGAGGACGAUGAAGGGGACGAUUGUUCUGAGCAGCUCUCUGCCGGGGACGUCUUUGCUCUGGAAAUGCAACUGGACCGAGAAAACAAGAAGAUGAUGAAGGCUAGAAGGCCGCGCAGCAAACUGCCGAGAGCUCUCAGGGGCCUCAUGGGAGAGGCCAACAUCCGCUUUGCUCGGGGAGGGCGGGAGGAAGCCAUUAUGAUGUGUAUGGAAAUCAUUAGACAAGCUCCUCUGGCCUACGAGCCUUUCUCCACUCUGGCGAUGAUCUAUGAGGACCAGGGGGACAUGGAGAAGUCUCUGCAGUUUGAGCUGAUCGCUGCCCAUCUGAACCCCAGUGAUACUGAAGAGUGGGUGAGACUGGCAGAGAUGUCCUUGGAACAGGAUAACAUCAAGCAAGCCAUCUUUUGCUACUCCAAAGCGCUGAAGUACAACCCUACAAACGUCCGUUACCUGUGGGAACGAUCGAGCCUUUAUGAGCAGGUGGGAGAACACAAACUGGCCAUGGAUGGAUACCGCCGGAUCUUGAAUCUUUUGUCUCCGUCCGAUGGAGAACGCUUCAUGCAGCUGGCAAGAGACAUGGCAAAGAGUUAUUAUGAAACGAACGACGUCGCCUCGGCCAUCGUCAUCAUCGAAGAAGCUUUUUCCAAACACCAGAAUCUGGUUGCGAUAGAAGAUGUGAAUAUCGCGGCGGAGCUCUACAUCUCCAACAACCAGUAUGACAAAGCUCUGGAGGUCAUAACACAGUUUUCCGGAAUAACUAUGAACAAGAAAGAGACCGCAAGCCCCGAGGACAGUUCAGAAACUGUUAUCUGCCGCGUCCCGGAAGGCGUCCCGAUUGAUAUCACAGUGAAGAUGAUGCUUUGUUUGAUUCACCUGAACAUCCUGGAACCCGUCGGGCCGAUGCUGACGUCCCUAAUGGAGCAGAAUCCGGAGGAAGUGGGGGACUUGUAUCUGGAUGUGGCCGAGGGGUAUAUUGACAUCGGAGAAUAUAAUUCUGCUUUGCCCCUCCUGGGCGCUUUGGUGUGCUCCGAAAAAUAUAACAUGGCUGUGGUGUGGCUGCGCCAUGCAGACUGUUUGAAGGCACUCGGUCAUAUGGAAAAAGCCGCGGAGAGUUACGCCAAGGUGGUGGAGAUGGCACCGCUACACUUGGAUGCCAGGAUUUCCCUUUCUACUCUUGAACAACAGUUGGGACAUCCUGAGAAAGCUCUGGAAGCUUUGGAACCCAUGUACGACCCGGAUACACUGGCACAAGAUGCCAACGCUGCUCAGCAGGAACUUAAGCUUCUUCUGCAUCGGUCAACCCUUCUCUACUCUCAGGGAAAAAUGUAUGACUAUGUGGAUACUUUACUCACCAUGCUUGCUAUGCUUCUGAAGAUGGCAAUGAAUCGAGCCCAAGUAUGUCUGAUUUCAAGUUCAAAGUCUGGAGAAAGACAUUUGUAUCUGAUAAAAGUGUCAAGGGAUAAAAUCUCUGCAAGUGAUGAACAGGAGAUCGCAAAUUCUGAUGCAAAAGCAAUCUUCAGUGUACUGACCAGCGUGCUCAACAAGGACGACUGGUGGAAUCUCCUUCUAAAAGCCAUUUACGCCCUCUGUCACCUCAACCGCUAUAAAGAAGGGGAGCUGCUUGUGGAUUCCUCCCUGGAGUAUUAUUCCUUUUAUGAUGACCGACCGAAAAGGAAAGAGCUGGAAUAUUUCGGUCUCUCCACUGCUAUUCUUGACAAGAAUUUCCGAAAGGCGUACAACUAUAUAAGGUUGAUGUUGAUGGAGAACGUGAACCGGCCGCAGCUCUGGAACGUCUUCAAUCAGGUGACCAUGCAUUCCCAGGACGUGCGGCACCAUCGCUUCUGCCUCAGGCUCAUGCUGAAAAAUCCCGACAAUCUGGCCCUGUGCGUCCUGAGCGGCCACAACGCGUUCGUGUCCGGGAGCUUCAAACACGCGCUCGCUCAGUACGUCCAAGCCUUCCGGAUAAAGUCUGAAGAUCCAAUGCACUCUCUCUGCAUCGGAUUAACUUUCAUUCAUAUGGCAUCCCAAAAGUUUGUGUUGAAAAGACACGCCCUCCUUGUACAGGGAUUUUCCUUUUUGAAUCGAUAUCUUGACUUGCGCGGCCCUUGCCAGGAAACCUAUUAUAACAUCGGCCGUGCCCUGCACCAGAUGGGUCUGACGUACCUCGCUAUUCAUUACUACCAGCAGGCUCUGGAGCUUCCACCACUUCAGCUAGAGGGGAUUAGUGAUGACCAAGUGGACCUAAGGAGAGACAUUGCCUUCAAUCUUUCUCUCAUUUACCAGAGCAGUGGCAACACAGAAAUGUCUCGAAGGCUUUUGUUUACUCAUUGUAUCAUAUAGCGUGUUUUUUUUAUUUUUUUAUUUAUGGUAUGGAUAAUAAAUCUUUUUGUAUAUAAAAAUGUCAA